GUAGUGUCAUACAAUCAAGAUUUAAGUAAUAUUCACUGAGCUUUUGAUUAUUUGCUUUUUAACUCUACUUUUCAGAAUGUAAAUACAUAACUGGAUGCAAUGUCUAAACGGAAGAGAAUUAGUCCUAUGGAGGAUGCCACUACACACAUUCUGUCUGGCAAAGACAAGCCAUGCUUUGAGGAGAGAUUCAUUAACUCUCAUAAAGGUAGAGGUGUGUUUGCUAGCAUGUCCAUUGACAAAGGAUGCUUCAUUCUUGAAUACCGUGGAAAGUUAAUUUCCCAAGAGGAGAGCCAAAUAAGACAGAAUAAAUACAGUGAAACAGAAAAUACCUUCUUAUUUGACUUUGAUUGGGACGGAAAACAGUGGUGCAUUGAUGCCUCAAAAGAAGAUGGUUCACUUGGGAGAUUAGUGAAUGACGAUUACAAGUCUCCUAACUGUAAAAUUAAAAAAAUAGGUGUUGGAGGCAAACCACAUCUGUGUUUGUUUUCAAUUAAGGACAUAGCUUCUGGUGAAGAAAUAACAUACAACUAUGGAGAUUCAAAAUGGCCAUGGCGUACUCUGAUCAACCGAGCAGACUCUUGCAGUGAUGAGAACACGCCAUCAGAAGAGGCCGCAUGCUUUCCUACCAAAAUCAACAAGAAGUCAACUGAACAGAUCAACCGAGCAGACUCUUGCAGUGAUGAGAACACGCCAUCAGAAGAGGCCGCAUGCUUUCCUACCAAAAUCAACAAGAAGUCAACUGAACAGAUCAACCGAGCAGACUCUUGCAGUGAUGAGAACACGCCAUCAGAAGAGGCCGCAUGCUUUCCUACCAAAAUCAACAAGAAGUCAACUGAACAGAUCAACCGAGCAGACUCUUGCAGUGAUGAGAACACGCCAUCAGAAGAGGCCGCAUGCUUUCCUACCAAAAUCAACAAGAAGUCAACUGAACAGAUCAACCGAGCAGACUCUUGCAGUGAUGAGAACACGCCAUCAGAAGAGGCCGCAUGCUUUCCUACCAAAAUCAACAAGAAGUCAACUGAACAGCUACACAGGUUUGCUGCCCGGAUAAACCGACUGAGAGAACAUCAUAACAGACAUGCUGAACGCUUUGAAAAGCUGUCUGAAGCACUUGUAAUUGAAGGACGGGUGCCUGAUAGCUCAGCGAAUGAUGAAUCUGAGAUAUCUUGUGAGGAAUCCUGUUCUGACUACAGUGACAAGGAUUAUGUCCCUGAUUCAGACAGUAGCUCAUCAGACAGCAGUUGUAGAAGUGAAGAGCUUUAUAAUUUGCAUGCUAAGCCACUGAAGGGAGGUGUUGUGGGGUUUCAGAGUACAACAGACAGGAGUGCAACAGACAGGAGUGCAGCAGACAGGAGUGCAAGCGCAUUAAAUAACCGCUCCACAUCUGUGACCCCGAUGCCUACUGACCUGCAAAUAAACAGAUACAAGAAGAAACAAUAUUGUGUUUAUUGUCAGAAGCCAUUCUCUAAAAUCGCACGACACUUGGAGUUUGUUCAUCACAAUGAACUGGAGGUAGCUAAGGCAUUCAGCUUUGACAAAAAGUCAAAGGAAAGAAGAGCGAGAUUACACCUUUUGAAAAGCAGAGGGAAUUUUGCCCAUAAUGCUGCAGUUUCAAAAGCUGGAAUUGGGGAAAUGGUUGCUUGCCGGCGGCCCAAAGAAGAAAAAUCUACCUCUGACUUCAGUCACUGUAUCCACUGUCAAGGUCUGUACAACAGAAAGACCCUAUGGAGACACAUGCGAACAUGCCCCCAGAACCCCACAAAUGAAAAACACACAGUUGGACAGAGGAGAGUUCAGUCACUCAUCAGCUUGAGCCUUCCUCCACCAGCGGAUGUUAGCAAAAGCGUAUGGACCAUUGCUUGUGAGAUGGUGAAUGAUGAAGUUUCAGAUGUUGUAAAAAAAAAUAGAUACAUUCUUCUUUUAGGGGAGCAGAUGUACAACAGGCUGAAGUCACAUUCAGGAAGAAAUAACUAUGUUAAACAAAAAAUGAGGGAAGUAGCAAGGUUUCUCAUCACUGCCAGAUCACUGACACCCAUUCAUAAUAUAGAGGACUUCAUCCAACCCUGCAAUUUUUCUCAUGUUAUAAAAGCAGUAAGAGCAGUCGCUGGAUUCAGUGAGGAGACAAACACCUACAAGAUACCAUCACUGGCACUGAAGCUUGGACACAGCUUGGUGAAGAUUGCCAACUCGGUGGAAUGCAAUGCACUGAUGUCAGGACGCGAAGCCGUUGCAGAGUGUGCACGAAAUUUCAGACGUUUGUAUGAAAGCAAGUGGAAUGAUGUAGUGUCUGCAGCUGCACUGACUACUCUGGGUGAAGCUAAAUGGAAUAAGCCACAAGUCCUGCCAUUUACAGAGGAUGUCAGAACACUGCACACAUUUCUAUACUCAAAACAGCAAGAGUUUGUGAACGCCCUACAAGAAAAACCUACUAGCAAAAACUUUGCCAAUCUUUGCAAAGUAAUGCUGACACAGAUCAUCAUUUUUAACAGAAGAAGAGAGGGUGAAGUGUCCAAGAUGGAAAUCCAGUCUUACACGUCUAGAGACCAAACACCAAUGCACAAAGAUAUCGCAGCUGGGCUCAGUGACUUUGAGAAAAAGCUUUGUGGUUAUUUUCAAAGAGUGGAAAUACGUGGUAAGAGAGGGAGAAAAGUACCAGUGUUGCUGACCCCUGAUAUGGUUGUGGCUGUGGAUUUCCUUAUAAGAAUGAGAGAAAGGUGUCAAGUUCCUGUUGAAAACAAGCAUUUAUUUGCUCGUCCAGGUGCUCUGUCUCACUAUCGGGGUGCAGACUGCAUUCGCCUGUAUGCCAAAGAAAGUGGAGCAAAGCAUCCAGAAGCCCUUUGCUCAACAAAGCUACGUAAGCAAGUUGCCACGUUGUCCACAGUAUUAAACCUUAAAGACAAUGAGAUGGAUCAAUUAGCCAACUUCCUUGGCCAUGAUAUUAGAGUUCAUCGGGAGUUCUACCGCCUCCCUGAAAGCACUUUACAGCUUGCAAAGAUUAGCAAAGUCUUAAUUGCUAUGGAAAAAGGGAGACUGCCCGAACUCCAGGGCAAAGGAUUAGAUGGCAUAACAAUAGAUCCUCAAGAUGAAAUGGAUGUCUCCAGCAACAGUUCCAGUGAUGAGGCAGAACUGCAAACUUCAAGUUGCAGAAGUCAAGAGAAUGAGGAUCAUAUGAAUGCAGGCAACCUGCAAGACGAGGGACCUCAAGAUGAGGGACUCGAGGUGUCUUCAAAGAAAAAGGCAAAAAUGGGCUCCCAGAAAGCACAUGUGGGUAGACCUAAAUCCCCCUCCAUUGUAGACUUGGAUGUUGCCCAUCUCAAACCAGGUAACUGUUUGAGAUUAUGAGAUUAGACUUAAUCUUUACCAUAGUCCCAAUAUGUAGGUGGGAUUAAGACAUCAGUGUGUGUGUGUGUAGUUCAGGCCUAUU